CGUGGGCAGAGCCAGAGCUGCAGGAACCAGAACCCGGGCGCGCGGCCUCUGGAACGCUGGCCGUCUGGGCCGAGCACAGCAUCUCCCGCCCGCGCCGGAGCCUGCCUUCGGUGCGCAACCAGGGAGAAAGGCCGGCGCUGCUGGAGACCGGGAUCACAGAUUGUUCUUUAAUCUCAGAGCCGCUGGCAGUUGGUGCUGCUCCUGCCGCCCCACCAGGGCCGGGCUAAAUCUGCAGUUUGUGUCCCGUUUGCACUAUGGAUCCUUCGGAGAAGAAGAUAUCGGUGUGGAUCUGCCAGGAGGAGAAGCUGGUGUCCGGUCUCUCCCGCCGCACCACUUGCUCGGAUGUGGUGCGGGUUCUGUUGGAGGACGGCUGCCAGCGAAGACGGAGGCAGCGGCGGGGCCAGCGAAGGGGGAUGGCCGGAGACCCGCAAGGCCCAGGGGAACUGCCAGAACCCCCGGAUGAAAACGACGACGACGACUAUGAGGCGCUGUCCCAGGGCAUGCUGUUCGGGCCCCCGCAGUGCUAUUGCAUCGUGGAGAAGUGGCGUGGCUUUGAGCGCAUCCUGCCCAACAAGACGCGCAUCUUGCGCCUCUUAUCCGCCUGGGGCGACGAGCAAGAAAACGUGCGCUUCGUGUUAGUUCGCAGCGAGGCGUCGCUGCCCAACGCAGGUCCGCGCAGUGCGGAGGCGCGGGUAGUGCUCAGCCGGGAGCGCCCCUGCUUGGCCCGGGGAGCCCCGGCGCGGCCCAGCCUGGCCAUGACCCAGGAGAAGCAGCGGCGGGUGGUGCGCAAGGCCUUCCGCAAGCUGGCCAAGCUCAACCGGCGGCGCCAGCAGCAGCCGCCGCCUUCUCCCUGUUCGUCCACUUCAUCGUCCACUGCCUCGUCUUGUUCGUCGCCGCCGCAGGCCCAUGAGAGUGCGUCUGUGGAGCGCAUGGAGACGCUGGUGCAUCUGGUGCUCUCCCAGGACCACACCAUCCGCCAGCAGGUGCAGCGGCUUCUGGAGCUGGACCGAGAAAUCGACCGCUACGAAGCCAAGGUGCAUCUUGACCGUAUGCGACGGCAUGGGGUGAACUACGUGCAGGACACUUACUUGGUGGGGGCAGGGAUAGAACUCGAUGGGCCCAUCCCGGGCGAGGAGCCCGAGGAAGUAGCGGUAGCGGAGGAGGUAUCAGCGGCGCCCCUGGACGGUGAGGCUCAGGCGGCAGCGCUGGAGGAGCUGGCCCGGCGCUGUGACGAACUGCUGCAGCUGCAGGAGCAGCGAACCCAGCAGGAGGAGUUGCUGGAGCGUCUCUCCACCGAGAUUCAGGAGGAAUUGAACCAGAGAUGGAUGCGGCGGCGCAGGGAAGAACUGGCGGUGCGAGAGGAGCCCCCGGAGCCCGACGGCGGCCCGGACGGCGAGCUGCUGCUGGAGCAGGAGCGGGUCAGGACGCAACUCAGCACCAGCCUUUACAUUGGGCUCAGGCUCAACACGGACCUGGAAGCCGUCAAGGCGGACUUGGAUUACAGCCAGCAGCAGCGGGACAGCAAGGAGCGUGAGCUGCAGGGCCUUCUCCAGACUUUGAACACUUUGGAGCUCACCAUAGUGCAGGAGGGGGCUUCUGGCCCCAGCGGACCCACGCGGGAACCCCAGCCUCAGGCCUGCGCCGAGAUGUGGGUGGACCAGGCUCGCGGAAUGGCCAAGAGCUGUCCUGGCAACGACGAGGACUCGGAUACUGGACUGAGCUCUAUGCACAGCCAGGACUCGGAUUCUGUGCCUGUGUGCGAAUCCCUGGUGUAGGAGAAGCAGGGAGGGAGCCGGAGACGGAAAUGUCUCCGUUUCUUGCAGCAGGCAUUGGACCCGCCAGCUCAGGGACCCCAAAUUAGGCUGGGGUGAGCCCGGAGCUGCUGCCUGGCCUCAGAUCUCCAACCGGAUCGGGGAAGGGUUGGGGAUGCCUGCUGGGCACUGGCUCUUCUCUGGUUACAGGGUGAGUGUGGAGGAGGGUGAAGGAGAAGGAAGCCUGGUCUGUGUUCCAAGUUCUUUCAAGAGAAAGAGGUAGUGAGGCGGUGGAAACCCCCUAUACUGGAAAACUAAUAUAGCACUUCUCAGUCUAGGGAUGCAACCUCUUCCUUCUCCAUCACCCUGGGGAAAUAGACGUGGUCCAAACCCAUUUUCAACACAAGAAAUAAGUAUUAUGGAGAUUUCACCACUCCUCUGAAGGGGAAGAACUGAUGGCAGCUAGAACUAUAGUCUGUGGCAUAAAGUGCUCUUAAAAGAAACAGUUGGAUGAAAAGGAAAUUCCUUGAAUGUUAAUUGUGACUGUAAACGUGUUAAAACUAGCCAAAGAGGACACAAUGGUAUUGGUCUCAGCCUUACUUAACAUCUUUGAUAAAAACCCAUAGGCACCAAAAACCCUGCCUGUUUACAUUUCUGCAGAUUUGGGAAUUACCCCUUGGCUAAAUCAUUUGCCUUUUCUUUCAAAGGCUAAAUUGUAUGGAAGUCUAACUCUGUAUUUCCUCCUAGAAAAUACAGUGUAGGUUGAAAGGGGAUCUUUUUUUUUUCCAAUGUAGUCUUUUAUUAUUACAAAAGCCAAACAUAUUCUUUUGGAGAUAUCAAAUCCUGGCAAACAUAGUCCCUGGUUAAAAUUUAAUCUGGGCUCUUUGGGGUCUGUUCCUGCAAAGGCAGGUGUAUUGUCCUUUGGUUCAUGCUGCCACUUUGUUGACCCAAUCACUGUUAUUUCAGAAAAAAAUAAAAGGGAAGUUGCAGAACUCAAGUUACACACAACUUAAUUUGCUGUUUAAUGAGCACUCUAGUUUAAACUUAAAAACAAAGAUCUUUGCUCAUGUUCAGCUUUGAACUUGAGCUAUAAGAUUAAAACCAACUAUGACCUUCAUGGAUUUUACCCAAAUUCAAGUCUGACUUCAGUAUCUUCGGUCAGAGGUUAGUUACUUGUUCAAACUUAAAUCGAGACAGUGUAAAUAUCAGGGUUUACUAGAUAAAGGCCUCCAAAUAAAAGUAAAAUAACUUCAUGGUACACCUUAGGUGAACGAGUUGAUUAACCAUAGCACGUAGCUUACAAAUAAAAGCGUAUUCAAGUGAGCGAAGGAUUUGGAUUACUCUUGUCUGAUGCACACCUGUGCACAUGCCAGGGGAGGGUGACAUGUUCUCUGUGGCCAGUGAUAGAGCUGGUGGGCAUUCGAGUGUAAUUGUUCCAGUUAUUUCAAUUAAAACUUAUCAGUUGUAGCGAGUUGUUGGCCCUGUGGAAGGAGUCUGCUGGCUGGUUUCCCUUUGGAGUUGAGUACUUCUGAGGAAUGUGACUCUAAUCUGUCCUGAGGAGGUAUUAACAAUGGGCUGUGUGUGUGGUGCCAGCAUGGUGCGAGAGCCUGGUUAUCAACCUAACUGUUGAGGAUACUGGGGCUGGCUCCAGUUUCAACACUACACGUGAAGAUAACUUAAGAGGCCUUGUUCUAUAGAGAAGUUUCUUCCCUUGCAGGGACCCUCUGUGUUGCCAAAAGGAGCCUGCCCUCCUGACCUCCUCAGGCCACCAUCUGUGCUGUCUCCUUCCUAGAGACAGCCCCACCUUGGAUACUGCCACUGCCAUGGUAUUACAACACGUGUGUGUGUGUUUUCAGAUUUUCAAGUAAAAUCAGAAUUAAAAGGCCGUUUUCUUAAUUGAUGUUUUCAAAAGACCUUACUUGGCAUAAUUAUGGUUUUUUAGUUUCAUCUGAUGCAGCAAACAUCUAUGCAUUUGGUCUUGGGCAUGAUUAAAAUGAGGAAGGAACCCAAAGAAACCCACUGUCCUCAGACAAUCAUUUGAUCCCUUAAACUCAAAGUCUAAUGGUAGCUUUCAUUUUGAGGCAGAGGUAAAAUCCUCAUUAGAGUGUGACAAAUGCUACUUGUCUGAAUGGUUUAUGCUGGCAAUGGGCUGACCUGGUGGUUUUUAAAUUAUUGUGCUUUUUUCCCCCCAGGGUGGUAGAGGAGGUGGCUCUUGGAUGUUUAUUAACUUAGAAAGAACACAGAAGUUGGCAGAACAGGACUGCCUGGCAGAAAGGAGCUGUUUUUCUUUUCACUAUUAUUAUUUUAAACUUUGAUGGGCUGCUGACAUCAGCAAAUAUUCUUGAAGCCCAUAAAGCAAACAAGCCACAUCACAGGGAGAAGGCUUGUGGGAUUUUCUCUGUUGCUGUCUUUCUAGAACCCUUCCCUCUCCCAACCACCUGAAGAUAUUUCUCUGGUCAGCUCUCCAAGCAGCGAGGAGUCUUUAUAUAUAACAAAGGGCUAGCCUAGCCUGCUGAGUUUUGCUUUCAUCCAAAUCAAUUAUAUUCCUAAAAGGCACUCUCUGUGUGGGUAGAGAGGGGAGAAUGGGGACAGACCAGGAGGAGACAAUAGGUACUUUUACGAAGAGCUUUUUGCAAAACCUUGCAAAACUGAGAAAGAUAUAGGUAUAAAAAGCACCAAAACAGUGCUUGUGUAUAGGAAGUGCUAAGUAAAUAAUAAAUAAGUUUGGUUUCAUUCACAUGCACUGGGCAUGGGAGCAAGUGCAUAAGUGAUGCUCCAGCCCCUGAUGUCAGCGACCCUGUGUUCUCCAGGCCUCCCCAAAAUCCUGGGAGGAACCAGCAAGCUCUGGGAGAAGAGGAGGGAGUGCAGGUUCCACAUCAGCCAGUCCCAUGCUUUUUUUGGAACCGAGACAAUCAAUUGUGUAUUGAUGUGAAUUAUCCCAUUCUUGGCCAUCUCCCAAACCCAGAGAUUCCAUAUGACAUCUCUAUGUUUGUUUUUUCUCCUACAUAGAAUAUGUUUAUUAUUAUAUUUACUAUCAGAAAAGUUACAUAAUCUAGUCCUUGCGACAAACCUGAAAGUAAGAGGAAUACAAAAAAAAAAAAAAAAAAGUUACCCUAAAUCUCUCACCACCAAAA